AGAUUGCGUGAUUGAGAGGAAAUGGCAUCGAACAAAGAUCCACCAUUGCACAGGAGUUGGAAUAGUAUGACCCUACCUGUGAACUAUCCACCAGAGCACAGGAGGAGUAAUAGUAUGGGUCAACCUCUCAACUUGCCAGUGUUGAACUUGGUGCUGUGUGGAAGCGAUGAAGAACUAAAGGCCUUCAUAUCAGAUCUCAUAUUGGACCAGAGAAAUGUGGAGACUGGAUUAGUCUGUGGACGCGUUCUCAGGCUGGCGGUGAUGCCAGCUCUACACAACAUUUAUCUCUCAAACAAAGAAGUGAUGGAUGAGAUUCUCCACUGUAUUUCUGUUGAUAAUCCUGUCCAUGCUUUUCUGAUUAUCAUUCCUGUUCCUCUCACUGAUGAUGACAAAAGAGAAAUAGAGACAAUUCAGAGGACCUUUAGUUCAAGGAAUGAUGGAGUUAAACAGCCACUAGAGGAAGAACUGGCUGAAAUGAAAAAGAGAGUCAAUGAACUUGAAGCAAAACAAUGGGAAACAUCUACUGUGUCAUUUUCAGCUUUGAGAAUAUUGCUGGUUGGGAAAACAGGACAUGGGAAGAGUGCAACAGGAAACACCAUUCUAGGAAGAAAUGAAUUUGAGAGUGAGCUGAGCAUGAGUUCUGUGACGAAAAUCUGCCAGAAAGGAAUUGGAGAAGUGCAGGGCAAAUCAGUAGCUGUUGUGGACACUCCAGGACUCUUUGACUCCACAUUAUCAAAUGAAGAGGUUGUAGAAGAAAUUAGGAAAUGCAUCUCAAUGGCGGCACCAGGACCCCAUGCCUUCAUCAUUGUGCUGAGUGUGGGAAGGUUUAGUGAGGAAGAGAAGCAAACAGUAAAUCUGAUUAGGAUGAUGUUUGGUGCUGAAGCUGCAAAGUACAGCAUAGUGCUGUUUACUGGAGGGGAUCAAUUGAAAGAUAAAACACUCGAAGAUCAUAUCAAAACCAAUAAUAAUGAACAUGUGAACAGGCUAAUCAGGGACUGUGGUGGAAGAGUUCACUUGUUUAAUAACAAUACAGAAGAUACCACCCAAGUCAGUGAGCUUCUCCAAAUGAUUGAAGAAAUGAUAAAGUCCAACAGGGACAAUUAUUUUACUAAUGAGAUGUUUGAAAUACAGCAGAAGAAAAAGGAGAUGCUAAAAGAGAAGCAAACUGAAAAAGAGGCCCUGGGGGAAAAAUAUGUAGGAGAACAUGAACAGAUGAAGACUAUGGACACUUGA